AUGGAAACAUUUCCUGAAUGGGACAAGUUCAGUGAGCUCCUGAUGGGUAUCUACUUCGCCAGGAAAAACGGUCUCCAGUAUGUCUUUAAUGAGAAGACGUUUGUCCGCAACUUCCGGCAAGCUUACCUGGGGUGGUUGGGAGAUCUCAUCCGACAGCGAUACCCUGUACCUCAAGAACUUGCGACAGAGCCAAACGGUCAAUCCUUUGGGAUGUAUUUGAGCCAGUGGAUACCAAUAUACAAUUAUCGAGAUACGACCGCCAACGCUUACGCUCAGAUGAACGAGCUCGAGUUGCGGAGUCCGCUCCUCGGCUUUGGAGGACGCAACUCUUACAACUGUCCCGAGUAUAACCCCAGACCAGACCCCAACUGUUUCCAUGCGGACUUUUCAUUCUUCAAUGCCACGAGGGACAUCCGUGAUCUGCUGCAGGCCAACGAAUCGACAGUGCAAGGACAAGGACAACACAAAGUCGAGCAAGUGGAGCGUCUGGCGAUUCACAUUCGGCUUGGCGACAUCACGGUUUCGGAGCAACCUGAGACCUACGUCAGGAUCAUUGAAGGAAUGAGACGAAAGCUUUCGAUAUCACUUCCUGCCGACAGGGUACAUUUCAUUUACUAUCAACCCUCUGUCUGGUCAUGGAGCAAUUGGAAGCGGCUGCGGGAUAUAAAACGAGCUCUCCCGGAUGCACAGUAUCAUGACGUGGAGUCGACAGAGGCGACGAUCCGUUUUCUGAUCGCCUCAAAGUAUCUGAUGACCUCUGGGAGCAGUUUAAGCUUCGUAGCAGCCUACGUUUGUCCCAACUGCCACGUUAUCAGCACGAUGCCCAAGGAGCAUAUGCAAAGGGGGAUAGAGAUGACAGAGGAUAACUAUAGUCACAACUUUUAUUACAUGGAUGAGUGGGUUCCUCAAAUCCAUUACUCUUCAUACAACGAAGAAAGCAAUUAA